AUGAUCUUCAAAAUGAUGAGGAUGAUCGGUUUGGGAGGCUCUCCAGGCUCCCCAAAACCGGUUCGGAUCGUUGUGGUUGGUGAGAAGGGAACUGGGAAAACAAGUCUGAUCAUAGCUGCAUCAAAUGAAUCUUUUCAUCCUCAUACAAACAUCCCUCCUCUGUUACGUUACACCACUUUCCCUAGUGAAUGGUUUUUUGACCCUGUUCCUGCUACAAUCGUCGACACUUCUUCAAGACCUGAAGAUAGAGGAAAGGUUGUUAAGGAAGUCAAGGAAGCAGAUACAAUCGUUUUGACGUUUUCAGUCGAUAGACCUGAGACUUUGGAGCGUUUGGGUGACUAUUGGCUUCCUCUGUUUCGACAACUAGAGGUGAGAGUCCCUAUCAUAGUGGCAGGUCACACGGUUACCAACAAUGAGUAUGGUUUUCAUUUUGGCGUUGAAUUAAUGACGACAUCUAUAAGGGAACAAUAUCUAGAGAUCGAGACAUGUUUCGACUGCUCUCCUUAUCAUGUUGCUGGAAGGGUGUUUUUGUAUGCGCAACAAGCUGUGAUUCAUCCUAUAGCACCAUUAUAUGAUCCAGAAACCAGUUCACUGACGCCUCGUUGUGUUGCUGCCUUAACUCGUGUAUAUGUACUCUCUACCAGUGACCAAGGUCUCAUUCUCAAUGAAGCCGGGUUAAACAAUAUUCAGGCUCGAUGCUGCUGUAGACCAUUGACACCUUCUGAAAGCAGAGGACUUAUAGCUCUUGUGAAAGAACGGUCUCCAUCAGGAGUUGAUAAAAAUGGAAUCAGAAUAGAUGGUUUCUUGUUUAUAAUCACAUACCUUUUGGAACAAGGAAGGAUCAGAAAAGUAUGGAAUAUACUUAGAAAAUUCGGGUAUAACAACGAGUUAAGACUCGCAGAUGAUAUGAUUCCUUAUUCAUCAUUCAAACGCAUGCCUGAUCAGAGUGUUGAGCUGACAGAUGACGCUAUUAGUUACUUGAGCGCAAUGUACAAGAAUUGGGAUGAAGACAAUGGUAAUAAUUUGGGACCUCAAAUGAUAGGAAUUAUCUUCCAAACUUCACCUGAAAAUCCUUGGAAUGAUGCUCCUUAUAAAGAUGCUACAGAGAAAACUGAUGAUGGAGGAUUAACACUUGAAGCUUUCCUCUCACUGUGGUCAUUGAUGACACUAAUAGAUCCAGCUAGGAGUCUUGAAUGUUUGAUUUGUAUUUGUAUUUGGUACAAACAUGAUCUAUCUUCAGCAGUUCGCGUUACUAGGAGGAGAGUUCUAGACCGCAAGGAGAAAAACUCUGAAAGAAGAGUUGUGCAGUGUUUUGUCUUUGGACCCAAGAAUGCUGGAAAAACUGCAUUGCUCAAUCAAUUUAUCGGAAGGCCAUUCGAUGAUGACAACAACAAUGGAUCUGAGGAACUUUAUGCUGUUAAUAUGGUUGAAAACGAUGAUGUAACUGGAGAUACCAAGAAAACUCUAGUUUUGAAGGAACUUCAUAUUCAAGAAGAUGGGCUCUUACCAUCAAAUGAAGCGUUGGCUGCAUGUGAUGUAGCUAUCUUCGUUUAUGAUUCUUCUAAUGAGUCUUCAUGGAAGAGAGCCACUGAUUUGCUUGUUGAGGUUGCAACCACUAGCCAAGACGCGGGUUUUGAGUUUCCUUGCCUAAUGGUUGCAGCUAAAUCUGACCUUGAUUCAUUCCAAGAUGCAAUUCAAAAAACCACCAGAGCUACACAAGAUAUAGGGAUUGAAGCUCCAACGUUAAUCAGUUCCAAACUAGGAGAUUUCGACAACUUGUUUCAAAAGAUCUUAACCGCGUCCGAGCAUCCUCAUUUAGGUAUUCCAGAGAUUGAGUCAAAGAAGAAAAGGACUCGCAAGUAUGUUUUCAAAAGAUCUCUACUGGUGGUUUCAAUUGGUACAGGGGCUGUGAUCGUUGGGCUAGCUUCAUUUCGUCUCUAUGCCGCAAGAAAGCAAAACUAA